AUGUCUCCUGAAAGACUGGACAGAAGAACAGUAUGCAACAUAAUCAAUGAAACAACAAAGGCUAUUUGGGAUGUUUUGCAACCAAGUUAUUUAAAAGCACCAGAAAGUUCAGAUGAGUGGGAAAAAAUAGCAAAUGAAUUUGAAAAUGAGUUGAAUUUUCCUAAUUGCAUUGGGACAAUAGUUGGCAAACAUGUAUGGAUUGAAGCUUCUGUUUCAAGUGGAUCUGCUUACUACAACUACAAAAACUAUCAUAGUAUGGUUUUGCUAGCCAUAUGUGAUGCAAAAUACUGCUUUACUUUGGUAGAUAUAGGUAGCUAUGGCAGAGAUAAUGAUGCAUCUAUAUUUAAUGAAAGUAAAAUGGGUAAAGCUUUUAAAUAUAAUUUGUUCAAACUUCCCAAGAACUGA